AAGCUAUGCUAAUUUUGUUGAUAUUCCGCAGAGGAGUUUUUGGAAAGAAACUGCCGGGGCGAGAGGCGGCGGCGGCGGCCGAGGCAGCAGGCGAGCGGCGGGGCCCGGGGCCCGCGGCCCGCGCACACACCGCCGCUCCAUGGAGAACGCGCGCGAUCUGACUGAGCACUCUCCACGGUGCGAGAGGAAGAGGAGGGAUUCUUUUGGAAUGUUUGACGGCUACGACAGCUGCAGUGAGGACACCAGCAGCAGCUCCAGUUCCGAUGAGAGUGAAGAAGAAGUGACUUCGAUACCGGCCAGCUUACCACUUAUCAAAACCAAUGGACAGGUUUACACAUACCCAGAUGGCAAAUCAGGAAUGGCCACCUGUGAGAUGUGUGGAAUGGUUGGAGUGAGAGAUGCUUUUUAUUCCAAGACCAAACGAUUCUGCAGUGUUUCCUGCUCCAGAAGCUACUCGUCCAAUUCGAAAAAAGCCAGCAUUUUAGCUCGACUUCAGGGAAAACCUCCAACAAAGAAAGCAAAAGUUUUACAGAAACAGCCGCUCGUGGCCAAGCUUGCAGCCUAUGCACAGUACCAGGCAAGCCUACAACAGAAUCAAACAAAGAGUAAAGCAGCAGUCACCGUUGAAGGCUUUGAUUGGGGUCACUACGUCUGGAGCAAUAAAUUUACUGGGGCUCCUGUCAGCUGUUUCAAACACGUGCCUAUGGGAAGUCACUGGGGAGAUAUUGCGGAGGGUGUGAGAGUGGAAGUCCCCAACACUGAUUGUAACCUGCCUACCAAAGUCUUCUGGAUCGCUGGCAUCAUCAAGUUAGCAGGUUAUAAGGCUUUGCUUCGAUAUGAAGGCUUUGACAAUGAUUCUAGCCUUGACUUUUGGUGUAACAUCUGCGGUUCCGAUGUUCAUCCAGUCGGCUGGUGUGCAACUAGUGGCAAGCCUUUAGUAACCCCUCGCACUAUCCAACAUAAAUACACAAACUGGAAAGCUUUCCUUGUGAAAAGAUUAACUGGUGCAAAGACUCUUCCACCGGACUUCCGCACACAGGUUGUUGAGAGCAUGCAGUAUCCUUUCAAAACUGCCAUGCGUGUAGAAGUUGUGGAUAAGACGCACCUCUGCCGAACACGGAUAGCGGUCGUUGAAAGCAUCGUGGGAGGUCGUUUGCGUCUGAUUUAUGAGGAGUGUGAUGACGGGACUGAUGAUUUCUGGUGUCACAUGCUAAGCCCCCUCAUUCAUCCGAUUGGUUGGUCACGGAGUAUUGGACACAGGUUCAAACGGUCAGAUGGUUCAAAGAAGCAGGAAGGACACUGUGACGCUGCUGCACAAUUGUUUGCAAAGGUAAAGGAUGUGGACCAAAGUGGCGAGUGGUUCCAGGAAGGGAUGAAGCUGGAAGCAAUCGACCCUCUGAAUCUCUCUGCUAUCUGUGUGGCAACAGUCAGAAAGGUAUUGGCAGAGGGCUACUUGAUGAUUGGUAUCGAUGGCUCGGAGGCAGCAGAUGGUUCAGACUGGUUUUGCUAUCACUCCACGUCACCAUCCAUCUUCCCCGUAGGAUUCUGUGAAAUUAAUAAGAUUGAACUGACACCCCCUCGAGGCUGCACCAAAUUACCUUUUAAGUGGUUCGACUACCUGCGGGAAACGGGAUCUGUUGCAGCACCAGUCAAACUGUUCAACAAGGAAGUUCCAAACCACGGCUUCCGCGUGGGGAUGAAGCUGGAGGCAGUGGAUUUGAUGGAGCCACGCCUGGUGUGUGUAGCCACCGUCACCCGCAUUGUGCACCGGCUCCUCAGGAUUCACUUUGAUGGCUGGGAGGAUGAAUAUGACCAGUGGGUGGACUGUGAAUCUCCAGACCUCUACCCGGUGGGCUGGUGUGAGCUGACAGGCUACCAGCUUCAGCCUCCAGCCUCACAGUCCUCCAGAGAGAAUCAGACCAGUGUGAUGAAGAAGAAGAAAGCCAAGUCCAGCCAGUACAAAGGCCACAAGAAAACCAGUAGCAGCAAACACCGCGACAUCAUCAUCUGGUGACCAAGGUCUGUUGGCAUCUCUCAACUGCGUUUACUGUUAGCCACCAGUGAGUACAAGGUGAAAUUUCUGGAUAUCGCCAAGAUAUGACACUGGGCCAGAAUACGAGCCAACUCAGCCUCGUGGAAGACGCAGAGCAGCCUCUGAGCUUGUAUCAAGCAAGAAUGCUUGACUGAUGUUUCUGCUCCUUCGGACUGCUGGUUUGCUGACGCAGGAGCUACCGCAGAGUGUGAUUACGAGGCUGUUCAGCACAUUUCACUGUACAUUUUGGACAGCUGUGGUUCUGGGAGGAUGAUCAAAGACUGGAGAUUCUCUCUUGGACUUUAUUGUAUAUUGUACUUGAAGUUUUUUUGGCCUGGUUUGGUUUGGUUUGGGUUGGGGGGUGGGUAGGGAAGAAGAAUGUCUGAUUUAAUUCUUUAACUAAGUUUGGUGAACAGCUCGCCUGUGGACGCCCUGUUAUAUAUCCAGGUGAAGUUAUGUUAACUUCCCAUCGUCCUGCAGCCUCCAUUGAUGCCGUACGCCAGGCAGUAACAACUUGUUUUCUCAUCUGGGAUUGAACUUGGUUAUUAUGGUUUUUAAAUAUAAACUUCAGAACCCAGAGGAAACCCUCCCGGCCUGUUUGCGAUGGCCCUCUGGACCAGCAGUCUCUCAGGGAGUUGCUGUCUGUCCUCUGUGUGUGUGUGUGUGUGUGUGUGUGAGUGUGUGUGUGAGUGAGUGAGUGUGUGUGUGAGUGAGUGCAUGUGUGCAUAGAGGCUGCAGCCAGUUCUCAAUCUCUGAGCCAGCACAGUGUGUUUGCAGGUAGUCUGAGCCCUGCCAGGACUGACCGAUGUUUGUUAAAUUGUAAUUGUGGCUUCCAGAGUCUUUGCUUGUACUCACUCUCACUGUACAGGCUUGUGUGCAUAUCCUUGUUUUGGAAUGCUGUUUAAUUUAACGCUAAUGAGUUCCAGGAGUGAGUACAGGUACGGUGCUAAAAGGAGUGUCUGAGGCAUCCCAAUAGCCUCCUGUGUUAGAAUUUAAACACCUCAUCUCGUCUGCUUUAAUUGGAUUUGUAUCGUUUGCAAUGGGAAAGUUUUCCACAGAAGGCAGCCUCUGUGGGGAGGGUGUGGAUUUUCAGGUUUUCAUUGUGCAGGAGGAAGGAGACGACUGGCCAGUGAUUAGGAGCGUAGGUGAUGCCUGACUCCACCGUGGUGAUGUGCUGGCCCUGGCUCAGUACGGGAGACAGAGUGGGCUAACUGUUCGCCUGACACUUGCCGUUUGAUCUCCUCUGUUCAGUAAAGGCUAGUCACUUUCACAUUGCUUUUUGGAGCAAGCCCUGGCUCUUCUUGUAUGCGCAGAAGUAAUACAGUGUGAAAGAAUCCAGCUUGUUACUUUCCCAGAGAAAAGAAAUGGAGAAUCCCCUGCCUUAGUUGUGGGGUUAUUUACAGAGCUACUAGACUGUACGGCCCUACCCUGUCAGAGCCCUGAUGGAGUUGUGUAUUGUUAGUAUGGUGCAUAUUGGGUAUUACUUUAAAAUGUUCUCUUUUUUUUCCCCUCUAACUUCACCUGUCCAGCUUGUGCAGGUAGAUUUGCAUGGGGGAGAUGAGCUAGAUGCAUUUCAGCAACUCAUUUGUCAGAGCUGGACAGGAGGCUUGGACCCCAGCACUGAGACCCCUCUCAACAACAACUUGUGCUUCAUCCACGUUCUCUUUGGUGGCAGUUCACUCAACUUCCCAGAAAAUAGAAAAAAAGCUCUUGGUGUGGCUUUUUCGAAAGUCAGUGAUGGUGUGAGUUCACGUUGUACCGUUUUGGUGCCCUCUCCUUUGGAGUGAUUUAUGAUUUGAAGCCUCUCCCAACCUAUUUGCAAACCUAAUUGAUGGAACCGGUUGUAUCAGCCAGUUUCUGAAGCCGUCUGUUCUCUUGUUACCCUAUUUUCAGUCCUCAGUGUAGGUAGUGUUGGCAGGUAAAGUGGAAUUGCAAGGUUACUGCCGGUUUAAUGUCCUGCUGUCAUGAGUCCACCCUCUCCAGAUCACCAGCGUUCCCAGUUUUGGUCUUGUGCACGCCUCCCCUGCUGAUACCUGCUCCUUUUUUCAGAGUGCAAGUUUUCUAGGAUUGCACGGGUCCCCUCUAAGGACAUCCAGGCAGCACUAACAGCGUCAGCUCACUCUGAUUUUUGUAAUAUGGUGCUACGUGAAUCUUUAAUAUGAAUCAUCUUUU